GCCGAGUUGACGUCGGUGGCGAGCGCAGUCGAUAAAGAAAGUCAGUGCGAGGCCGACGGAGCGGGGUUGACCCUUUUGGUUUUCUUCUUGGAUCCACCGCGAGGGCUGUUAGUUCCUGUAGCCUUUCAACCUUCUCACCUCCGCCUUCUUCGACGCCAAAGGACGAAACGAUGCCAGCCCCAGCAGAACCAGCCGCGCCGGAGCCUCCCAAGACGGAGCUCCAGGAGCUGCAGAUGCGAGCCGGUCAAGUGACAGAUGACUCACUUGACAGCACACGGCGCAUGUUGGCUCUCUGUGAAGAGAGCCACGAGGUCGGCAUGAAAUCCCUAGUGAUGUUGGAUGAGCAAGGGGAACAACUGGACCGCAUCGAGGAGGGCAUGGACCAGAUCAACGCCGACAUGAAGGAGGCCGAGAAGAAUUUGACCGGCAUGGAAAAGUGCUGUGGCCUCUGCGUUUUGCCUUGUAACAAGUCGAGUUCCUUCAAAGAGGACGACGGCACGUGGAAGGGCAACGACGACGGCAAGGUGGUCAACAACCAGCCCCAGCGCGUCAUGGACGACCGCAACGGCCUCGGCCCUCAGGGCGGCUACAUCGGAAGAAUCACCAACGACGCCCGCGAGGAGGAGAUGGAGGAUAACAUGGGCCAGGUGAACACCAUGAUCGGCAACCUGCGCAACAUGGCCCUGGACAUGGGCUCGGAACUCGAGAACCAGAACAGGCAGGUCGACCGCAUCAACCGCAAGGCCGAGUCGAACGACGCCAGAAUAGCCGUGGCCAACCAGCGCGCCAACAAGCUGCUGAAGACGUAAGAAGGCUCCUCCCCGUUCCUGCUGCUCUCGUUGUUGCUGCACCACAGAAGAUGGACUUCAAGACACUUUUGUUUGUGUUGACAAAAUUCCUACUUCUUUCCUUCCGCAAUUGCUUUUCGUUUCCAAAAGAAAGUUGGGUGAUAUUUUAAGAUUGAAUUCAAGCGAAUGUACAAACCUAGCAGUAGCAAAAGCAGACAGAAGAAGAAGAAAAAAAAACCAACACACAGACAAGGAUUUCACGUACUUAUAUUUCUAUGUUUAAUUUUUCGUACAAUUCACCGUAGUGAGGAGGAAAUCAAUUAAGAGUAAGAGUGGAGCUCUCGUUUUUCUCUCGUUUUGUGCAAGACGAAACAAUUAAAAAGCAUAUCCAAGGAAAACAACUUUGUAUUUUGUGUUCGGGCGCCACUCUUUAAUUUCCAACCGAAAUGGCUUCAUCUCGAAAAUAUAUAAAUUACUCAAAGCCAAUAACUGUAAAUAUCAAGAUUGAAUUUGCUGCCUGCUUUAAAUUCAUGUGAUAGCGACGCAUGAAUUCACUCUUUGUGCAAAAGUCAUCGGAUGAAAUUUUAAUUUGCUUGGUUUUUAAA